AUGGGUCUUCGUCGGACCGUGAGCCACAUGGGCUCUUUUACUCGAUUAGCAGUUCCGUUUCCGUUUCUUAUUCACCGUACCCCUGCACCAACAGUUUCGAAGCCACGCAUAAUUGUCGAAGCUGUAGGUGCUGUUUUUGUAACUACAAAAAAGCCACUGAAGCAGUUAAUGUCGUUUGGUGGUAUGUUCGAUAAAUUCGAACAAAUUAUCCCGAUCAAUGCUAGGUCACCCACCGUAAUGGGUCAAGCUAGGACGUCCACCGUAAUGGACAAACAAGCUAGGAAGUCCUCCGUAAAGGACAAACGUAAGACCAUCAGGAUUGCCACCCUCAACGUUGGUACUCUGACUGGCCGAGCCUGCCGAAGUGGCAGAAAUGCUCAGAGAAAGAAACAUCGACAUCUGCGCAUUACAGGAAACAAAAUGGUCCGGCGCCAAGGCGAAAAGAAUUGGUGGAUACAGUUUGUAUUA